AACAACGCCAUUUUCAUCCCCCGCAGAUUCAUUCAUCAAUCUACGAUUCUUCAACAAUGGCAAAACUCUCAUUCAUUGCUGUAACUAUCUUUCUCUUCAACAAUCUCAUCCUUUCUCACGCUCUCUACGGUUCUUCCUCACCUGUUCUUCAACUCACUCCUAACAACUUCAAGUCCAAGGUUCUGAAUUCAAAUGGAGUUGUUCUUGUUGAAUUCUUUGCUCCAUGGUGCGGGCACUGUAAGGCUCUGACUCCAAUAUGGGAGAAGGCAGCUACUGUGUUAAAGGGUGUAGUUACUGUAGCAGCACUUGAUGCUGAUGCUCACCAAUCUCUGGCUCAGGAAUAUGGUAUUAGAGGAUUUCCAACUAUAAAGGUGUUUUCACCUGGAAAACCACCAGUUGAUUACCAAGGAGCCAGAGACGUUAAACCGAUCGCAGAAUUUGCACUUCAACAGGUAAAGGCUCUUUUGAAGGAACGGUUAAAUGGAAAAGCAACAGGUGGAUCAAAUGAAAAAAAAGAAAGCACCGCUUCUUCUUCGGUAGAACUAAACUCUAGUAACUUCGAUGAAUUGGUUAUCAAAAGCAAAGAACUUUGGAUUGUAGAAUUUUUCGCACCUUGGUGUGGCCAUUGCAAAAAAUUAGCUCCUGAGUGGAAAAGAGCAUCCAAUAAUUUGAAAGGGAAGGUUAAACUGGGUCAUGUUGACUGUGAUGCUGACAAGUCUCUGAUGAGCAGGUUCAAUGUUCAAGGAUUCCCAACAAUCUUGGUAUUUGGAGCCGAUAAAGAUACUCCAAUUCCUUACGAGGGUGCUAGAACUGCAGCAGCCAUCGAAUCAUUCGCACUAGAGCAGCUGGAAACAAAUGUUGCUCCUCCAGAAGUGACAGAGCUAUAUAGUCCAGAUGUUUUGGAAGAGAAAUGUGGUUCUGCUGCUAUCUGUUUUGUUUCCUUCCUUCCCGACAUUUUGGAUUCCAAGGCUGAGGGGAGAAACAGAUACCUUCAGCAGUUAUUAACAGUUGCAGAGAAGUUCAAAAGGAGUCCUUACAGCUAUGUAUGGGCAGCUGCCGGUAAGCAGCCAGAUCUUGAGCAGAAAGUUGGUGUUGGUGGGUAUGGUUAUCCAGCAUUAGUAGCCUUGAACGUUAAGAAAGGUGUUUAUGCUCCUCUCAAAAGUGCUUUUGAACUUGACCAAAUUAUAGAAUUUGUGAAAGAAGCUGGACGCGGAGGCAAAGGGAACUUGCCCCUAGGUGACACUCCUCCCACCAUUGUAAAGACAGAACCAUGGGAUGGAAAAGAUGGAGAAAUAGUUGAGGAGGAUGAAUUUUCUCUUGAAGAACUCAUGGGAGAAGAUGCCUCGACCAAAGAUGAACUAUAAUGAAACUCGCAAACAAAGUGUUACAAAAUUAGUCCUGAAAUCAUUACCAGUUUUAUGCUAUAGGAAAUGAUAGUAUGUAGAAUAUUAAAGGGAAAUGUGUGGUCUUAAAGAUGAUUAUCCUCACUGUUUUUCGUUUUUUUCAUGUUCGGAAUUAAAGACUAGUGUAGUGAUGAGUAAUCUUUUGAGGAGCAUCAUGUCAUUUAGUGGUAUACAAAUACCUCAGGAAAAUGUUGGCAUGUUGUUAUUUUCAUUUUUCCCAUUAAUGAACAACUGAUUGAACAUUAGUACGUUAUGACCUGGUUCUUUGGAUCGUUCCUCAUUGAUCAUAGCCGGUUGUGUGGUUGUGUGCAACACACAACACUUUAAACUA